UCACGUGUGUGACAUCUUCCUGAACGAGACCGAGGUGUGGACGAACACGGAGAUGACACCGUGGACAGGUGUGCACGUGUUAUGUAACCGUUAGUAACCGCUAGUUGGGACUCAGAAGUUAUUCUGAGAAGUGAUUUUGUCAGAGUCGAACACCGGUGCAGCACUAAACUGUGAUUUGUUCAACUUGGAAGAUGAAGCUAGUGUGCUGGUUAGCUGAAUAAGAGACAGAACGUGAGCAUCUCAUGGUGACGUUAGCAUUUAGCUAGGACAUGAAGAGGUUGUGUCCGUCAACAGGUCUUUGAAAGAACAACACUGUCCAACUCUUGUCCAUGUGUCUGAGCCUCGUGUGAGACGUGAAGUCAUCUCGUAGUUACGUCACUUCCUGCUGGACGGUCUGCGACCCAGCUAGCUCCAGUCGUGGAGGCUAGUUAGCAACGGAAGCUCAGCAUGAAUGCUGAAACAAAAUUAGGAAAUAAAAAAAUGGUCAUAAUUAUGAGAUGCAGGAGCAGGGAGGAGUAAACCACCAGGAUGGAUGUCAGAAAGGAAAACAUGACACCUAAGGAGAUGCUGCAGAAGAUAGCUGAGCUGGAUUACAGUCAGAGCCAGCUGAAGGAGCUGAACACUGCGAUGAGGCAGUGGCUGGAUGUGGCAGACGACGACAUGGCAGCGCUGCGCUCGGAGAACGUCGCCCUCAGGAGACAAGUGAACGUCCUGGACAGGCUCAUCAGUGAGGCACAGCAGGUUGAAGCGGAGCCCUGUGGGUUCCUGCUGACAGACGACCUCGAUGUAAAUAGCUGCAGCAAGAAAAAGAUUCAGAAAUUGGAGGAGGAAUCCACCAUGAUGAAGGAACAAACCAAGAAACUAGCCGCUGAGCUCAAGAACCUACAGCAAGAGAGCGAGCAGGACAAGAUCGGCUUGAGCAAGUUCAAGGCUGCACUUCAAAGCCUCGAGAUUGAAAUGGAGGAGGCUCAGGUGGGGCUGCAGCACAGGGAUGAAAGUAUUCAUCAGAAAAACCUGCAGCUGAAGCACUUGGAGGAAACAGUAGAAGAGUGUUCCAUCAUCAUAAAGGAUCUCAGGCAGACAAAUCAGGAGCUGAGAGAACAGUUGGAGGACAGACAGGAUGAGGCCUUACUCUCCGCUCUGAAUGAUCUGACGGAAGAAAAGAAAGGAUCGCUCAGCUCCCCUCUGCCCCUCUUUGACGAAAUCAAGCUGCUGGCCGCUUCAGAUGAAGUGAAAACCAGCGCGUUGGACUCCAGACGUCUAAGUCAUGAAGAAACUGAGGCUGAAGAGUUGCUGAAACCUCAGAGUCCCACAGUAGAUCUUCAGACCGAAAGGUGGACAGGCACCGUAGAGCCAGCGGUCCAGAGAGCACGACUAUUCAUCAUGUGCGUCUCCGUUCUCCUUGUUUUGGGCUUCGUGGCGACAGGAAUCAGCUUGGGAGACUGCAAUUUGUUUUCCAUCAAAACCUUCUGGACUGGUGCACGUGUGACACUGCAGCCCUACUGCAGUGUGCACUAUGGUGACAUGCCUCCUCUGUGAUCUUAACACUGCCUCUUAUAAGAACAAGUCUGUUUAUCUGCCUCACUGUGGAUUGUGUUUUGUAGCUAUUGUUUUCUUCACAACAGAUCAUUAGAUGGAAUGGUUUAUUCCAAAUAUCAAAGAUCUAUAAAAAAACAUAAUAUUACUUAUUUAAAGAACGUCUAAUUGGACCUAUUCAUGGAAGACAUUUAGCUGCUUCAGUUUCAGAGUCCAGUUCUUGUUUGUAUUGUCACACUGCCAUGGCUGACCACUGUUAGUGUUGUUAUGAACACCAGCGCUUCUCCUGUCAAGAAAAAAAAAGUAUAUUUGACUGA